AUGUCCGACUGCAGUAAUGAACGUGCAGAUCUAGUGCUCGACAUUGACCCAGAACAUUCUCCUACACAAGCGCACAAAUUCGACCGUCCUGGGAGUCUGAAUAUUCUGACGAGGAUGUCGAAAGCAUAUCUUGGGGUCUAUGCCCUCGGAGCUGUCUGCAUCGUUGUGCUUAUCGCUUCACUGUUUAGCAAUGAGCAUUUGCAAAGCCUGCCAUCGUGUGGCAGCACGAUUUCCUCAGCGCAAAAGCGCGGCUGCUUGUUCGAUCCUAUGAGUUUCUCCUGGCUUCCAGCUGAAUGUUUGGAGCAGGAUCUCAUCCAGGAUUUCUUGAACGUCACAGACUGGCACUGGUAUCUCGAUAUCAACGGAACUAUGGAGGCGCCUCGGGCAACUGUUUUGACUGGGCAGUACCCUGAACUUUUCGUCACAAGAGAAUACCAUCGAGUUCAUUGUGUCUAUAUGUGGAGGAAAAUGCAUAGGGGAUUAGAACGAGGGGUCAUUGAUACCUACAUCGGCAAUUACCAUCACACGGCUCACUGCGAGCAGAUGCUACUUGAGAAUGUUCCUAGUGAGACGAUUGACACCAUGAUCUUGCUCAAAUUCCCAGGCUGCCGAACGCUUUGA